CCCAAGAAUAACUUUGAACUAAUUUUCACGCCAAACCUGCUCUUCUUCCUCCCCUUUCCGUUACGCAGAAUGGCCUCAACAUCUGACCAAAGAUCCACAUCAAAAGACUUAGAGCCUGGAAGUGGAGCUGCAAGCGCGCAGGCCGAGACGCUGCGGACCCGCGACUGAGCAUCCGAGGCGGUGAAUAAUAGCUCUUCAAGUCUGCAAUAAAAAAUGGCGUCCAAUAAAACUACAUUGCAAAAAAUGGGAAAGAAACAAAAUGGAAAAAGUAAAAAAGUUGAGGAAGCAGAGCCUGAAGAAUUUGUGGUAGAAAAAGUACUGGACCGCCGUGUAGUGAAUGGGAAGGUGGAAUAUUUUCUGAAGUGGAAGGGAUUUACAGAUGCUGACAAUACAUGGGAACCUGAAGAAAAUUUAGAUUGUCCAGAGUUAAUUGAAGCAUUUCUUAAUUCUCAAAAAGCUGGUAAAGAAAAAGAUGGUACAAAACGAAAAUCUUUAUCUGACAGUGAAUCUGAUGAUAGCAAAUCAAAGAAAAAAAGAGAUGCUGCUGACAAACCUAGAGGCUUUGCUAGAGGUCUUGAUCCUGAACGAAUAAUUGGUGCCACAGACAGUAGUGGGGAAUUGAUGUUUCUCAUGAAAUGGAAAGAUUCAGAUGAGGCUGACUUGGUGCUGGCAAAAGAGGCAAAUAUGAAAUGUCCUCAAAUUGUAAUCGCUUUUUAUGAAGAGAGACUAACCUGGCAUUCUUGUCCAGAAGAUGAAGCUCAAUAACUUACAUCAUUUAUAUAUAUUUAUAUAUAUAUAAAAUAUGGGUAAUAAUGGGUCUUGGUUUUGAUUUACUGGUGUGAAAAAAACAGCAUUCUAAUGAAAAUCAAGUUGAAUAUGUUAAUUUUGAAAAUAGUAUUUGGGAGAGUUGUUGGGUUUUGUUUGUUUUGCAUCUAUAGCACUGGUUUCUUUGAACAAAUAAAAGCUUUUGUAGUUGCUUUCUUUGUCAGUAAAGAGCUAGCCUGAUACAUUUCCUCUGCUUUUCUAAAUGUUAGGGGAAUUGUCCAUAGUCAAACUAAAUCAGAACUCAUGUUAUAACUUACAUGCUUAUGGACCAUUCUUGAGUUUUUUGUUUGUGUGUGUAUAAAUAAAAUACUUAUAUAAAUGG